UACAAUGGAUCGGAAUUUGUUUUCUUUUUAUUUUUUUUUUUUAACGAUCGUUAAAAUUUUUUUUAACAGAUCGGAUUUUUUUUUCAUUAUAAUUUUUUUUUUUUAUUUUUUAAAAAAAAUUUUUUUUCAGAUCGGACUUUGCCCUUUCUUUAAUGUUCGGUAACUGACGUUUACUAAUAUUAAUUUGUAUAGUUAGUUCCGGUUAUAAAAAAAAAUCUACUUUUUUUAUUUGCUUCCCGGUAACUAGCGUCAUUCUAAUACUAUUAAGUAAUAGUUCUAUCGAUUUUUUUAGUAAUAACAAUAGGCUUUGGUGAUAAG